CGCCACACAUCAUGGAGGACGAGGUGUAUGAGCCUCCGGCGAAGCGGUUUAAGCAUCAGUCGUACCAGCGGACGUUGAAGGAUGUGCAUUUGCCUUCUGCGCUGGUGCAGUCCAAGUUCGACCAUGAUAUUGCUGACAACCAAUCGCACUUCCACGAAGCCCUCGAACACUGGAGACAACUGAACCUCUCACCCGGCUUCGUAAAGUUCGCAGGCAAAGCCGAUGGAUUAUCAGCUUCGCUUCCUCUGCUACUUCAUCAUAGCAAUGAUAUAGUCACACUCUGGCUCACUGCGCUGGAGACUUCGGACGAUGAGGGAUUGCGAGCAUUGCUAGAUCUCAUGCAAAAACUCGCACACGACCUCCGCACGACAAUCUCAUCUUCAUAUCCCCAGCUCCUCGAUCGUCUCCUCAUACUCCUCCAACGUUCCCUCUCCGCCCCGGCGCUCACAGCCCUCCUCGCCACAUUCUCCGCUCUCUUCAAAUAUCUCCUCGUACCCUCUUCCUCCGAUGAACCCCUCGUAUACACCACAUGGACUCAAAUAGCCGCUGCGUUACCGAAGUGCGAGGCGGAGACGCAGAGGGCGAUGGCGGAGGUCUGGGGCUCGUUGUUGAGGAGGCUGAAGAGUGGACAGAGGGAGGGAGUGAUUAAAUUAAUGGUGGAAGGAUUGGAGGGUGUCGAAGAUCCGUGCGCGUGGGCUAUUAUAUUUGCUUGCAAGUCCGUCUCGCAAACGCUGCAUACGGCGUCUGCGUCCGUCAUACGACCGCUGGUCAAAGCACACCUCGAGAGCUCACGUCCUGCCUUGUCGUUGACUUGUGUGCGCCGUGUACUUACGGCGCUCAUACAUCAUGUGAAAGGGUCGGAACAAUUCAGUCCUGUUGCUGAAGUCGUGCUCGAGGAGUUCACCGUCGUAAGCGCCGGGGACGACGAAGAGCGGUUAGGGAGAGCGUUGGAUAUCGCAUCCAUAGUGAGCUCUGUGAGACAUGGUUCUCGUCUGAAGCCACAACAAGUAUCCACCCUCGUCUCUCACUUCCCCUCCCUCCCCCUCACCCCGACUCUUCACGACUCCCUUCUUCAUUUCGCUCUGUCAACGGUCACAGCCGGCGACAUGGCCCUCUGGAUCGGACCAGGCCGCAAACUGAUCGAACACUCCUGGAAAGAUAUCUCUUUCGGCAUGAAGCUCUGUGGCGCACUAUCCGAACUCCAAUGGGGCGGCUGGAAAUUAGUCGAAUCGCCGCACGUUGUCAAAUUGACGUCUACAUUACUGGCUGAACGUCCGAAGGAGGCCGUGUCACUUUUGGCGGCGCUGUGGAAGGCUGGAAGGUUAAGUGAGGUGGAUCAGGCGUGGAAGGGCAGGGUGGAGGAGUGGGUCGGGGAGUGGUUUGGGCGGUGGGAAAGGACGGAGGAAAAGAUCGAAGAGAUGCAUGAUGUGUUGGCGCUCAUGGGGGUCGUGCCCGCAAAGUUGCCGCUCUUGGUGGCGGUUGCCGGGGGGAUAUUGAAGGAGGAGGACGUCUUAGCGGAUUACGAGGCGUCUUACGCGAACUCGAGCUGGGUGCUCGGUGCGUGUCUCGAGCAGCUCUCGAAGCCGUUCCCAAAGGGAGUCAAAGUGGACAUCCCCGUCCGGGAGUGGGCGGAGAAAAUCAUCGAGAAAUGGAAUUGGUCGGAGCAUGUGCUGGGUGCGCUGGUGGCACUCGUUGAAGCAAGACCCUCUUCCGGACAGACUCUUAUCUUGACAGACGUUUACCCCCAUCUCCAAGCCUCGCUACUUUCGCACUCCCGUAACCUUCGCCUCGCCGUUCUCCGCCUACUCAACGGGCCCCUCGUCAAAUGUACGAGCGGCCAACCUUCCAAGCAAGCCAUCGAGAAAGUUCUUCAAGCAGAAGAAGUCGCGCUCGACGUGCAAGGUGUUCGGGAGCGGUCCCUUCGCAUCUCCCGUCUAGACCAGUUCAUCUCCGUGGACGAUGAGACGGGGUCCGACAUUGCCGUCCGCUGGCUACUCGCACAGCUCAAAGUCAAUCUAAGACCGAUAUGGAAGCCGGCCGUCGAAGCGCUCUCCUCGCUCUCUGAGAGAAUGGGGGACGUCGUCUGGGAGCUGACGUUCGCUGAGUUGCGGAGGGUGACGAGCCGCGGCGAGGAAGAUAAGGAUAAAGUGUGUUUUCCGGGGUGGGUAUCGAGCCAGGGGAGUGGAGAUGAUGGUGACGGACCGUCGGAAGGCUUAGACGAUGUUAGGGAAGAUGAGAGGACUUGGAGAGAUCCGAGCGCGCACAAGGUUCGGACGGCAGUCGCGAUAUGGAAGUCGGGGCUUUCGUCUCGCGGAGACAUCGUGCGAGCACAGCGCCCCACAGACAGGCUCGACCGGGUCACGUACCACUCGCAGCUUUUGGCCGCGUUGGGGGCGUGUACAGCCGUGGCGGAGAAGAACAAUCGGACGCUCGUCCCGUUCUUCCUCGAGCUCGUGGGCGACGAACGCCCGCCCAAGCUCGCCCGCCCGACGCUCUCCGCCUGGCUCGCGCUCUUCUCCAAGUUCGCGAACCCUAGAGUGCUCUACGCGACUGACUCCCUCCACGCCCUCUACGUCUCCCUCCUUGCCCACCCCGACCGUUCCCUCCAGGGCCUCGCGCUCUCCUGCAUACUCACGUACAAGUCGCCGCAUCUCCUCCGACACGAGGAUAAACUCCGCGGACUGCUGGACGAGACGAGGUGGAGAGAUGUACUUACCGCCCUUGACCUUGCGGAGGUAGGCGAGGAGGACAGGAAGCAGCUCGUCGACGUCAUCGUACGUCUCUUGUUUGGGAUCAUGUUGGAGAGGAAAGGUCGGUCCCGGGGGAUGGACAGGAGGGCCGCCGUGCUUACCGCCCUUGGUGGAUGUACGGACGAUGAGUUGAACCUGCUCGUCGAUCUAAUGCUCAAGCCGUUGCUCCUCGACGGCGCCGCGCCUUCCUCCGGCUCUGCCGCCUUUGCUGUCCGCUCCAUUCCUGCCGACGUCUCGGCCAAGCAACAGCUCGGUUUCCUCAAUCUGCUCGGCGACGUCCUCCGGAACCUCGGUGCUCGCCUCAUGCCACGCUGGGACGACCUACUCGCCGCUACCAUCAGCCUCGUCGCUCGAGCACAAUCCCGCCUCGAGUCAUCUAAGGAAGACAAGGAUGCCCCGGACCAGGAUGCCCCGGACCAGGCGGAGGACGACGAGAAGGAAGAAGACGCCCCCGACGACGAUGAAGAAACCACUUCCGGCUCACAGAAGACUGUCCGUCAGAUCCGCCAGCUCGGUCUGAAGCGAUACGCCGAUUUCUUCCGCAACCCCGCUUCAUUCGACUUCUCAAAUUACAUCGCCGUGUCGUUCAAGGCGUUCAUUUCCCCUCGUCUCGCUACGCUCAGCCAGGAGAACACGCAAGCUCCCUCCGCACUUCUCGACCUCUUCUACGUCUGGGCCUCCCGGAAGGAGUAUGUUGGCUUCUUGGUCGACUUCGACGGACGGGUGUUGCCUCAGAUCUAUGCGUGUUUGGUCGCACCUGGCGUCAAGCCCGCCGUUGUCUCACGCGUCCUAGACCUCAUCGACAGGCUGCUACAACUAUCGAGCGAUGAGCCACAAGUCGCGGAUCACGUCGUCAAGCCACACGUCUCUGUUCUUCUCACCCAUCUCGCCACCCUCGUCGAGCGAACGAAGAAAGACGCGACGGUGUCCAACCCUCUCACACAGCGCCAGAUCUCCAUUCUCUCCCAGCUCUCGCACUAUCUUACCGACAGCGAACAAGCGGAAACGUUACUCUCUCUGGUCUCACCGUUGCUGCGGAAGACGAACAAGGUCGUGGGCGAGAAGGUCAAAACGGACUUACUCAAGAUCGUCGGGUCACUUAUCCCAUCUAUUCCUGCCAUCGCCGACGCCCAGAGCGCCGUAUUCGUCCAGCUGUACGAACUUCUGUCUACGCUCUUCCUCUCUGUCCGAUCUCGGCAGGCACGUUUGGCCCUCGUAGUCGCGUUCACUCAGCUUUCAAACAUCAACGAGGCUUUGCCGUCGUCACUUGCAGACCUAGUCACUUCGUUGAACGCCUACUCGACGAAACGACUCGAUGAACCUGACUUCGACCGUCGUGUCGAGGCCUUUACGCAACUCAACGAAACCGAACACGCCACGUUUUCACCUCAGCAUUGGCUCCCCGUCCUGUACAACUCGCUCCACUUCAUCCAAGAUCCCGAGGAGCUGGCUAUAAGAAGCAACUCCGCGCAAGCAAUGAAACACUUCACGGACAGAGUCGCCGCGAACCCCGACUCCGAAUACCAGACGAUCUUCCUCCGGAAGCUCUACCCCGCCCUGAAAAACAGUCUCCGAUCUCGUAACGAGAUGGUCCGCGCCGAGGUCCUCGGCGUCAUCGCCUACGCCAUCGCCAAAUGCGAACAUUUGAACACGUUCCUGGAUAUGCGCGUCCUUCUCGCCGGUGGAGACGAAGAGGCGAACUUUUUCAAUAAUGUGCAUCAUAUACAGCUGCAUAGGCGGACGAGGGCGCUGAGAAGACUGGCGGAUUUCUGCGAUGAGGGGAGGAUGAGGAGUGUUUCGUUGAUGGAUGUUUUCGUGCCGCUUGUGGGAAAUUUCAUCGCGUCGACGACGGAUGUGGAUCAUCAUCUGGUUACGGAGGCGAUUAGGACGACGGGACGGAUGGCGAAUCAGUUGGGCUGGGGAGCGUAUUAUGCGCUGGUGCAGCAAUAUUUGAGGCUUUCGAGGCAGAAGAACGCGUCGGAGAAGGUCUAUAUCCGGACGUUGGUCACCAUUCUGGACAAUUUCCACUUUCCUAUGGGAGAUAUCGUUGACGAGGAGAAGGAGGAAGAACCAGAACCGGAGCAGGCAACGGCAGAGGGCGAACAGGCAGAGCUGGAAGAGGAGCCCGUUGUAGUCGUACCAGCUGAACCGUCAGGUCCCAAGCCAGUACCUACAUCUCGUAUCGCCGAUGCCGUCAAUGGACGACUCCUUCCCUCUCUCCUUCGACAUCUCGAACGACGUGACGAGAACGAAGACACCCUGCGUAUCCCCAUCUCCAUCGGUAUCGUCAACGUAGCGAAACAUCUUCCUGAGGCAGACCGAGAACCACAGGUCCUUCGACUCCUCACCAUCCUCAGUCAGGUCUUCAGAAGCAGGUCGCAGGAGACUCGAGAUCUCGCUAGGGACACGUUCGCCCGCAUCGCGGUCAUCUUGGGCUCGAAAUACCUCCCGAUCAUGUUGCGCGAACUCCGCGCUGCUCUGCUCCGUGGACCUCAUCUGCACGUCCUCGCAUAUGCAACGCAUGCGCUCCUCGUUCAUAUCACCAAUUCCGACAACGUUGCCUCGUUCAAGAAUCUAGACGAAUGUGUGGCCGAUGUAGCUCAUGUAUCGGCGGAGGUCAUAUUCGGCGAACCGGGCAAGGACACGAAAUCUGAGGGAUUCAAGACGAAGAUGCGCGAAGUCCGCUCCUCGACGUCCAAAGGCCUCGACUCCUUCGCUAUUAUAGCCAAACACAUCACGCCUUCGAAGAUCAGCGGUCUUUUAGUCCCACUGCGUAAGAUAAUGCGGGAGACGGAGGCGUUGAAGAUGAUGCAGCAAGUUGACGAGGUGCUGAGGCGGGUCGCGGGCGGAUUGAACUCGAAUGAGUAUCUCGUGCCGGGGGAGUUGUUGAUUUUGUGUCAUACGUUGAUCAGUCAGAACUCGAAGUUUUCGCAACAAGGUGCGAAGAGGGUGACGAAGAGGAAGAUCAAGGGAGAUGCGAUUGUGCAGACGAAGAGGAAUGUGGUGGCUGAGGCUGAUCAUUGGACUACGAAUUCGUUCCGCUUCGUCGUCUUCGGCCUCGACCUGCUCAACACUGCCUUCCGCCGCUCUCGUUUCGAUUUCCACGACCCGAAUAUUAUCGCCCGCCUCGAGCCCAUGGUCGCCGUCAUCGGCAACACCCUUUAUUCUGAAAACAGCCAAGUCCUCGUCCAAGGCCUCAAAGCCUCCGCCUCCAUCGUCAAAUGUCCCCUCAAAUCCAUCGAAAAAUCCCUCCCUGUCUUCCUCCGCCAAACCAUCGAUCUCAUCCGUCAGACCGGAAGCACCGACUCCGAAGUCGUACAGAACGCGUUCCGCUCAUUGUCCAUCAUCAUCCGGGACCAACCCUCCGCGCAAGUCAAGGAGAAAGAUCUCAUCUUCAUACUCGAGCUUCUUUCGCCGGAUCUGGAGGAACCGGAUAGGCAGACGGCGGUGUUCACGAUGUUGCGUGCGAUCGUGUCGCGCAAGUUCGUCGUUCCGGAGAUAUACGACCUCAUGGAUAAAGUCUCCGAGGUUAUGGUGACGAGUCAGGCCAAACAGGUUCAGGAGCUGUGUCGUGGGGUUUUGUUGCAGUUCUUGCUCGAUUAUCCGCAGGGUAAAGGGAGGCUGCGGAACCAGAUGACCUUCCUCGCGAAGAACCUCUCGUAUGUAUACGAGAGUGGCAGGAAGUCGGUGAUGGAGCUGCUCAGCGCCGUUCUCAUCAAGUUCGACAAGGCGAUCAUCAAGGAGUAUGCGGAUAUGAUGUUCGUGGGGCUCGUGAUGGUCAUCGCGAAUGACGAUUCGGCGAAGUGCAGGGAGAUGGCGGCGGAGGUGAUUAAGGCUCUGUUUAGGAGGCUGGAGGCGGAUCAGAGGAGGGUGAUACUGUCGCAUCUGCAUUCGUGGUGCAGUCAGCAAGGGAAGGUUCAGUUGACGAGAGUCGGGUGUCAGGUGUAUGGUCUGCUCGUGGACGUGUUGCAGACGGAGGCUACGCCCUAUCUGCCCGUUAUCAUGGAAGACUUGAACGCCACGCUCGUACGGAGCGCACAACUAUUCGAUCAGGACGAUGAAGGAGACGAUGAUGAGUCUUCCGACAUGGACGCCGAUGGGGUAUUGGAAUGGCAAGUCCCCUACCACGCCCUGACAGUCCAAUCCAAAAUCCUCCGCGUCUUUCCUUCCCUCACCACUCAACCCCAAAAACUGCCCUGGCCAUCCAUCGUCUCGCAUCUCCUCUUUCCUCACGCCUGGGUCCGCACCGCAUCCUCUCGUCUCCUGGGUUCGUUGUUCUCUGCCGUCCCGGUCGCACCUCCGAAGCCCCAGGAGGAAUAUGAGAGUGUAUCGCCGUUGUAUGGGGUGGAUGUGAAGGAUGUGGCGGCAAAGUUGUGUUCGCAGUUGAGGAGUCCGUAUUUGGAUGAGGGGUUGGCGUUGCAGGUUGUGAAAAAUUUGUUUUGGGUGGGGAAGUGUUUUAUUGCUGUGGAUGUUGAUGUUGCAGACGCUGCCGAGAGUGGAGCUGAGGAUGAAGAGCUAGAAGUCGCCGGGAAGGGUGAUGCUGAGGAGGAUGGUGAAGGUGAACGUGCAGAUGGAGAUGGAGAGGAGGGUGAGGCCGAAGAAGCAGAGGCGGAGGAUGCAGAGGAGAAGAGGAAGGAUAAUCCCCUUGCCUGGCUCUUCUCGAAGUUGUCAUAUCAGGCUCGGUCGGCCCAUAUCGCUCGUCGAAAUCGUUCGGCCAAUACCGAAACCUGGUAUCAUCAACCAUCUGCCAUUCUUCGUUGGUUUGCAGCCAUGGUCACGUACAUGGAGCCUUCGAAGGUCGAGCUUUUCCUCGUUCAUAUCCUGACGCCGCUGUAUCGCAUAACGGACGAUGAUACCAUCCGUGAUCCGCACAUGGACGAACUGAAGACGACAGCGACGGAACUUCAGGACCUCGUCCAACAAAAAGUGGGGACCACGAAGUUCGCCAACGUGUACAACAAGAUACGACAGAAUGUGCUUGGGGUGCAGAGGGAGAGGAGGGCGGCGCGGAUCACGAGGGUGACGACGAACCCCCAAGCAGCGGCGAAGAGGAAGCAGCAGAGAGGGACGGCGAAGAAGGAUAGCAGGAAGAGGAAGAAUUCGCUGUAUGCAGAACGAAAAGGCGGGUUGAAGAAAGGGCGACAUGCAUGAUUGUCUCCCAUUAUCGCGCGCCACCGCCACACGCCAUGCUAUUACCCUAAAUUAUUUACCUACAAUUCUCUUGCUUCUCUUGGGAUUUUUCUUGGCCUCGGACAUUGCUCGAAAAGUAUUAUAACACGCACAAACUGUAAAAUG